AUGUUCUACAGCCACGAGAUCCUGACCUCGCCAGAGCAUGGGGUCGCCACAGUCUGGCUGGCCGCAACUCUCGGUCCCAAGUCAACAACCCGCAAGAUUAACCGCAAGGCCAUCUUCGACGUGAAUGUACCUGGAGCAUGCAGGGUCAUUACUGAUCCCGAAGUCCCGAUGGCAUUGCGUCUGCAGGGGAGUAUGCUAUAUGGCGUAAGCAGGGUUUUCCACCAACAGUGUGGCUAUACACUUCUGGAUGCACAGUCCAUGCGAGACAAGAUGGCUUCAAUGCUGCGACUCAUGCCUGGCGCCGGCUUGGAUCCGAAUGCCGGGAAAGCAAAACCAAGUUCUCUCGUCCUGCCCUAUGACCCGACCUUUCUCCCCGAAACUGGACUUCCGGGCUUGAACUUCGACUUUUCGCUGUUCAACUACGCAGAUAACGCCUCUAAUCAAGGCUCGAGUCUAUGGGGAAAGUCAGCUGAGAGCCACUCAACCUUCUUUCAAGUGAGCAAUGAGAUCCAGAUCGAGUUCCCGGUAGAAGAUAUGGGGACAGCGAAUAUUGCGGCAGGGCUCGAAGAUGAUAUUUUCGGCUCGGUGGCGAAUCGAGGACUUUUCGGACGAAGUCCACCUGUCGCGAGGGGAUGCGUAGAAGGAGUUCUCCUCCAGCCUGACUUCGAGUUUGAUGAGGAUGGGAAUAUCGUUGAGUUUCAUUCUACUCAACUCUCGCCGAGAAAGAGACGCAAGAUUGCUUCUAUGCCACGAUUGAGUGAGGAUACUCCUGGAAGUAUACAUCGAAAGGAACACAUGAACCAAGAAGAUCCAUUCCGAGACGAAGUGAUGGUGGAUCUGGACCUGGAUCCGAACGUAGCGCAAGCAGCAACGAUCCUUGAAAACGAUAAUCAGGACCCAAACAACCACCAAAGCCAAGCGGCACGAGAAAUAGAGGCAGCCCAUGACCCAACAGAGAUCUUCCGGGCCCCCUCUCGUAAACGUCCACAUCGAGAAAUCAUCCUCGACGAAAAGACAACCCUCCGAAGUGCAGACCUCAUCCGCUCAAACGAAGAGUACCUGGCAAAUAUGGCCCAAGCUACUACACAAAAGAAGCACAACAGACUGCAGAAAAUUGUCAAGAAGAACGCCACUUUCUGGGUCUAUGGUCAGGGACUGGGCUCUGUCGGUAUGGGAUUGGGAGGGAGUCGUGAACCGCACCCGUUGAAUAUGUUUUCUGGUGAAAGUCUGUUCAAGUCGCUCGGUGGCAAGGGGUUACACCCAGAUCUCCAGACUGAGCGAGGUACGGAUGAUGAGAGAGAGCAUACACGUGCAUCAUCACGCAAAGCCCGAACCCAAGAUCGGGGUGCAAAUGCCCAUGUGGAUCAGCUUGCAGAUGUCGAAUUCGCUCGCCAGGCUCCGUCAAGCGUACUCGACGAUGCUUCUUCGCAAAUGCCGUGGAAUAUCAGUGCCUCUUUGCACUCCUCUGGUCGAGCCCAGCGGUUCGGAAGCAGGAGUGUGAGCAUCGGCGACCCGCGCUUCGAGUCGAGUACUCGGGCUGGAGUUGGAGUUGGCGUAGCGGGACGAUACAAAAUCACAAGUGCCAGUCCUCUCGCCGGAAGAGGUCAUCUCGAUCCCGGCCAUUUCAAUAUUGCUGGUGGAAACUUCGAUGAUGACCUUGAGAUAACCCGGUAUCUGGAAAAUGAACUUGCAUCGGACCGUGAGAAUGUGAGUCUGCUAUCGAAUCCGAAUGCAGAGGCGCGUUUACGGAAGACGCAAAAGAGUCUGGAUGAACAGGUGCAAUACCUGCGGAAGAUUCAGCGGGACCUUGCGACUCUUGAUCGGGAGAGCUUGAAUUUCUACGAAUUUAUUCGCGAGAAUGUGGAUGCUGCUGCGUUGGUGAUUGACGAAGAGGGUGAUGGGGGGUAUGGCAGUGUUGCGUUCGCUGAUAUCCUUCCGCCUUCUCAGACGACUCGAGUUGUUGCUACGCAGGCUUUUAUGAAUGUUCUCACGCUUGCGACGGAGGGGUGGCUGGUUGUUUGCCAGGAUCGAUCUUCGGAUGGUGAUGGUUAUGGUUGGGAACGGUGUCGAUCUGGAGAUAUCUUUAUGCGGGUUGUUGAGGGGGGUGGUGCAACCUAA